GACUCCUCUCACCUGGUACCUCCUCUAGAAAGAGGAAGUUCAGCAGCGCUUCCUCGUACUUCCCCAGCUCUCGGCACAUAAAAGAUGAGUGACUCGCGUUGUGGAUCAAAGACGAGUCCUCUUGUUGAGACUUUUAGACUCUGGACAAACCUGGGAGACCCAAAUGGACCUGAAACAGAUCCUUGUCCUCGCGCUGUGUGUCGUGUCCGUGUGGACAUGCAGACACCGGUGCUGUAACCAGACCGAGCUGCUCCGGAGGAUGCAGAAACAGCUCCCGUUUAACCCGGAGCCUUUAUCCGAGUUAUCCGGCAUCAGGUCGUGUCCAGUGGACCUCUACCAGGGUCUGUCCAACUCCAAGGACAUCAAGGACCGGUCCCUGUCCCCCUGGAGAUACGUACAAGAAACCAACGAGGAUUUGUUCCCCUCCACCUACAUGAAGGCAGAAUGCCUCUGCUCAGGGUGCAUCACCAUCAAGAAGAACUCGGAUGAAAGUAUGGAGGAGAACUUUGACUUCAACUCCGUCCCUGUCCUCCAGGCCCAGAUGUUUCUGAAGCGUGAACGAGGAAACUGUGAAGAUGGCACCUACCAGCUGAGAGCUUUUAAAAUGGACAUACCUGUAGGGUGCACCUGCGUCAGGCCCAAACGCACCUCUUAGGUUGACCCCAGCUGACCUCCAGGAUGACUGCACCACA